CAAAAAGAAAAAGCACUUACAUCACAUUUCAACAGUAUUUACCUUUUUUUUUUUUGAAGACCAAAGUGCCAUGAGAACAAUACCAGAAGAGUUAAUACAAUACAGGUUACCACGCGGUUACAUACCAGCCCAGAAUCAGUUUAUUAUUGAUCUGAUCACCACUUCGCUUCUGAGAGUUCCUUCAGGCACUUAUAAGGCUGGCGACAAUAUGUUUAUCGAUGGCACAGAGUGUGAAGCUCUUUAUAUACCUCAUUCAUCAGAUCUUGUAGACUUACCUCCUGUAGUAGCAGAAAUACAACAAACAGUGACACGCGAGUUUAUGUGUCGAGCCGUCCAGUACUGCCUGAAUGUGUAUAAGCGUUUCCACAUUUUAUCAAUUUUAUUCCUCGUCUGUACCUCGAAAACAAAGCCCAAAACUCUGAGAGACCUCUUCAAACCUGUCCAAAACAAGUCUAACCUCUUAGAAACACCUUGCUGCCACUUCGCAACUAGUUGCUUCAUGCUGACCAAAAAGAGUAUCGAUCCUUUUAUUGACAAUCACGAUACCAAGAAAUUGGAUCCUUUGGUUGUCUUUGUCCAUUUCUUGAGUUCUGGUCAGCAAAACAUAAUCAUUAUUGACCGAUGGGACGACCCAACUAAUACAAAACUGUACUUUGUCACAAUGGAAAUGGUCAAAAAUGACAGUAAAACAGAGAAUGAUAAAGUCGAAGCGUUACAAACGAUUUCGCAUCAAUACGCAGAAGCAGGACGGCACUAUAACGCAAGUCUUGAAAUUAAACAAUACACCUCCAGAAGCAACAACAUCAAUGUAGCUUCCUAAGACUUUGACGGCGCUCUAGUUCUAUAAAUUCCAAUACAAAGAUUUGAUUGCAUUCAUCG